AUGGCCUACGACGGCAGACACGGAGACGGCGUCACCGCCACUGACUGCGACGCCCAUCAGCACCGCCGCAAUCUCAAACGAGCAAGAGACUCAAGUGAAAAUCUAGACUCAAUCAGCUCUUUGCCCGAUGUGCUUAUCCAACAAAUCCUCUCCUUUCUCCCGACUAAAAUAGCCAUGCGCACUUCGGUCUUGUCCAGACGAUGGAGGCAUGUAUGGCCCAAUACACCUUCCUUGUCCUUUGAUUUUAUAGGACUUCGUAAUAUACGGAAUCCGGCUGAUUUCAUAAACGAAACCCUAUCUCGCUACACGGCUCGUAAGAUGAUGAGAUUUCACCUCGAUUCCUACCACGUGAGGGACUGUCCUCCUCACGACAUGAACCAGUGGAUCGAGUUCGCCAUGUCCCGAAACGCUGAGAAUCUGUCGUUAUAUUUAUCUUACACCAAUUCCCAUGGGUGCAUUCCUCAUUCUUUCUACGCCAAUUCUUCUCUCAAGCAACUCAAGCUAAGAUCAUGUAACUAUCUGGUUACAAGAUGCUCGGUGUCUUGGACAUCAUUGAAGAAACUUUCAUUGCAUUAUUGCAAUAUCUCUGAAGAAUCCUUUGCCAAGAUUUUAUGUGGUUGUCCGAUCCUCAAAAUAUUAAAAUUGUAUUGCCCUACUCAACCAAGGGUUCUUGAUCUAAGCAAGUCACCGCGUCUGAGAGUUUUAAAAAUCGAGCGUAAGUACGUUUGGGUUACAGGGGCAACACAUAUUGUUGCACCACAUAUACGUUACCUCAGAUUGGCAAACUCUCGGUUACCUUGCACUUUAGUUGAUGUCUCGUCUUUAACUGAAGCUAAACUAGACAUUUUUUUCAGUAGAGUUAAGCAGGAACUCAAAGCUGAUUUUCUUCAAGUCAUGGUGCUAGAAAUACUAGAGAAAUUGAAGAAUGUACAGAAGCUUACUUUUGGGGAAAACUUUCUUAAGAUUUUAUCCCUUGUGGAACUUCGAGGUGUUUCUUUACCGAUAUUCAAGGUUCAGGUUUUGACGCUUAGGACAACUAUCUCCCAGUAUGUAAUUCAUGGGAUAGUAAGGGUGCUACAAAACUCACCUCAACUAAAGAAGCUAACCCUACUAAAUAGUUCGAAACGUGGCCUGAUACCGGUAUGUUCACCUUGA